AUCGUAUCGAACCCAAGAUGAAAGUCCUUUUAAUUCUGAGUGUACUACUUAUUAGUAGCUUACGCUUCUCCUUCUGUGAAACUGUAUUCACGAUAGAAGACACCAACGUCAGCACCGACGAGGGCGUGGACGCCAUAGAAGCAUUGGAGAAAAUCUGGAACACCUUCGACACCACGGAAAUCGAACGCGUCAAGUUGUUUUGCUCGCUGUUCAACGAGAAACACACCGCCCCCCAAGGGUGGAACGUCAUCAUCGGGGACGAUUACACCGUCUAUUUCAGCAACCUCGCUACCUCUUACAUCGAUGUUAAAAUGAUCUCGAGCUCACCCACAUCAACAUCAGCUUCCUCACCUAAAUACGAUUCCACAAUGCGCAGCCCAAACGAAGCCUCUUCCCUAACCGAUUCAAAAAUGUUAAAAAUUUUCAGCGUAGUAGGUAAAUAA